GGGAGCAGAGCCCGGGAGCUCAGCAGCGUCCCUCGCACAGCCCCGAGGGGCACAGGGCAGCCCAGCCCGGAGAGAAGAGCUGCAGGGAGCAGCCUGUCCCCUCCUGCAGCCUCCCAGCAUGGCUUCACCCAUGAGGAGUUUGCUGGCAGAUCUUGACAGAUACGUCCAGUCCUUCCGCGUCUUCCUGGAGCGGUCCACGGAGCACCAGAGCAUGCAGGAGUUCGUGGAGAAGCACCUGCCAGAUGUCAUAGCCAGUAUUGGAAAUGGGAAGUCUGCAAUCAAUGUUCUAAGUGUUGGUGGUGGAGCAGGUGAGAUGGACUUGCAGAUCCUCUCAAAAAUACGAGCCAGAUAUCCUGGGGUCACCAUCAACAAUGAUGUGAUAGAGCCAAGUGCUGACCAAAUCUCCAAGUACAAAGAGCAUGUGGCUCAGGCAUCAAACCUCGAGAACAUAAAGUUUACCUGGCACAAGGAGACAGCUAAUGAAUAUGAAAGUCGAAUGAAUGCAGAAAAGAAGACUAAAAAAUGGGACUUCAUUCACAUGAUCCAGAUGCUCUAUUAUGUGAAAGAUAUCCCAGCAACCAUCCGGUACUUCCACAGCCUCCUGGACUCACAGGCCAAGCUCCUCAUCAUCCUGGUGUCAGGAAAGAGUGGCUGGGAAACGCUGUGGAAGAAGUAUGGGCCUUCCUUCCCCCUGGAGGAUCUUUGCUCCUAUGUUUCCUCUGGUGAUUUGCCCAGGAUGCUGGAUUCAGCUGGGCUGAAGUACCAGCUCUAUGAGCUGCCAUCCCACAUGGACAUAACCAGCUGCUUUAGUGAAGGGGACAAAGAUGGGGAGCUCUUGCUGGAUUUCCUGACAGAAACACUUGACUUUGCUAAAACUGCCCCUCCUGAGCUAAAGCAACAGGUAAUGGAGGAGUUGAGAAAGCCUGGCUGCAGUGAAAUCAGAGAUGGGAAGGUGUUUUUCAAUAACAGCCUGGGUGUAAUAGUGGUUGAGCCAUGAGUUAACCUCUUCUUCUUGAUUCAAAGCAAAGAGAUACAAACUGUUGACAGCUGAAAUGUAUUUUUUCAUCUUUAAUAAAUGGCUUCAUUUACUUCA